AUGCAUUUAUUAAUUGUGUCACUAAUUUGUUGUAUUGGUAUUUCUUCCGGGAGGACAAGUACUGACCUAAGGUACGAUCCAGUCCAAGAUUCAUGUUACGGAAGCGUAAACGUGUGUGGUCUGGCCUGUUCUUCAUCCCCUCGUCACCAUCAGCCAGCUGAUCUGAAUUUGAAGCAGCGAUCAAAUGUUCAACUUUACAACGACAAGAGUACCGAUUGUCUGAUCAUUUCGUUCUCUGGAUUUUUUAUCACUCAUCAACAUAUAAUUUCGUCAAGUUCGUAA